AUGUCACAAUAUGGACAUAUUGUAUUAACUUUAAGUGAUGUUUUAUUACCAUCAGAAAAACUUUAUCCAAAUUCGACACCGUCAACGAGCGAAGGUCUACCAUGGGAUAUUGAGUACGAUUUAAGACUAAUCGGUUGUGAACUUAUACAAACAGCAGGUUUACUGUUGAAAUUACCACAAACAGCUGUAGCUACUGGUCAAGUGUUAUUUCAUCGUUAUUUUUAUUCAUCAUCAUUUAUUCGUCGUCGAAUGGAAGUAGUAGCGAUGGCAUGUACUAUUCUUGCAGCUAAAAUCGAAGAAAAUGCUCGACGUGUACGAGAUGUUGUUAAUGUCUUUCAUCAUAUUAAACAAGUUCGAUCGGGAAGCAUAAUUCAACCAUUAUUAAUCGAUCAAGCUUAUGUAGAUAAAAAAAAAGAAGUGAUCAAUGCUGAACAACGACUCUUACGAGAACUUGGUUUUUGUGUUUAUGUCAAGCAUCCACAUAAAAUGAUUACAAUGUAUUUGAAAGUACUUGAAAAAGAACGUGAAAAAGAUUUGGUACAAACUUCUUGGAAUUAUAUGAAUGAUAGUUUACGAACAGAUAUUUUUCUACGUUUUACUCCUGAAACAAUCGCUUGUGCUUGUAUUGAUUUAGCAGCACGAACUCUUCAGAUUCCUCUACCAAAAAAUCCACCCUGGUAUCUUAUAUUUGGUGCUAAACCGGAAGAAGUUCAUUAUAUUAUGAUUUCUAUUAUUCGCUUAUAUCAACAUCGACCAAAAUCAGUCGAGGAAAUCGAAAAAAUUCUGAAUACAUUUCGUGAAAAACGUGAAGAUGAAAGAAAAAAACUACGACCGGAUUUCGGUAGUAACUCGCCAGCUCAACAACCAUCUACAGAAAUUUCUAUCACAUCAACAGUGGCUUCUUCUUCGACACCGCCUAUUAUUGCGCAACCACCACCACCACCACCAGCACCUGUGAUUACAACAAUAACAACAACUACUACUACUGAUGAAACAAUAGAUAUAACUACGAUUACCAAUGGUACAACAUCGAAAAAACCUGAUACUACAAGUUCACGCGAAUCAUCAACAGUGAAAAAUCAUCAACAUCGUCAUAGAAGAAAACAUAGUAGUUCUCGGAGCAGAUCUACAUCACGGUCAUUGUCUCGUUCGCCAAGUCAUCAUUCGCAGAAGAAAAAGAAAAAUUCGAUUCGCACUAUUUCACGAUCUCGAUCAUCGUCACGUAAAAGGCAUAGACAUCAAAAAGACAAACACCAACAUAAUAAUCACACAUCGAAUAAUCACCAUAAAAAAGAUAAAAAACGCCAGUCACGUUCUUCAUCACGUGAUGACAAACGGUAUUCGAACAAUAAACAUUCGUCAUCAAUCAAGGAUAAAAAUAAAUACCAUCAUUCAAAUAAACAAACCAACGGUGUUUCUUCAUCCUCGAAUAAAAACUUCAAUAUAAAAUUAAAAUAA